UGACAGAGGAUCAUGCAGCGGACAAAGUUUCUCUCCCAUCAGCAUCACUUCCAUCACCUCUAUCCUGUAAAUCCCGCCAAACCCAGCUGAGGAAUGAUGUCAAAUAACAGCACGAUCACACCACAGGAGGGGGACUACACCUGCGUGCGUUUUUACGUAUCCACCGUCUCCUUCUCGGUGCUCCUUUUCUUCAACCUCAUCAUCAACUGGACUAUAGUCCGCGAGGAGCAGCUCCGUAGUCACGCUCGCUUCGUGCUGGUUUUCCACCUGCUGGUCUCCGCCCUGGUUCACCUGGGCAUGAGCAGCGUCUUCUACUACCAGAUCCACCUGAGAGCACGACCGGGCCACUCCGCCUGCAUGACCAUGAUCACGAUAUUGAUAAGCAGCGCCUCCAACAUCCUCCUGACUCUCACCAUGAUGGCUUUGGACCGAUACUGCGCCGUUUGUCACCCCAUGCGUUACACCUCCACCUGCACUGCGGGGUACUGGCCCUGGCUGCUGGGCGCGUUCACCUGGAUCGUGGCCCUGCUCAUCCCCUUCAUCCUGCUGCCUCGCCAGGCGGCUGGGGACAGUUAUGACGGGGAGUGUGGCCCGGAGCAGCUGAAGAAAGGCGAGCUGCCGAAGGUGUUGUUCAUAGGUGUGUGUGCACUGCUCAUACUCUACAGCUAUGUGAGGAUAUUGGUGGAGGGACGGCGAUUGGGGGUCCUCAAUCGGCGCAAUCGCACCGGCUGCAGGACAAUCGCCCUACACGGGUCACAGCUGGCCGUUUACAUCCUCCCUAACUUUGUGAAAUACGUGAUUACAAGGCUGCACAAGCAUGGCUCCAUUCAAGCAGAGACCAAAGAGCUCGCAGCAGUGGUUAUAUUUGCCUUCUUCAGCUUGGCGCAGUGCGUUGCGCCAGUUGUUUAUGGUUUGCGUAAAGAGGAACUUCUGGAGCAGUUGUGUCACAGGUUCCCCUGUUGUUCCCGAUACUUGAAGAGUGUGCUCGGGUGGACUGUGCAUGCCAACUGGCCACACACAAAUCACAUAACACGGGAGAGGACUCUGACAGCCCAGACGAUCAUCUCCUUUGAGGCCACGCAAGUCCCUGAGGAGGAGGAUGAGGAGGAAACUGGGUCAGUUACAGUCAGGAGUUCCUCACAUGACCUACACUCAUGUCAAGGCGAUACGGACAAUGCCUGAUGGGAAAAAGCGAGUCAGUGUCAGGACCACACCACAACAGGAACAUUUGGAUGUGUGGUCAGUGAUCUCGAAGGAAGGAACCACUGUGGACAUAAUAGUGGUAUGAGGUUUAACUGUGAUCAGAGCAUAUUUAUAGACCUACAUGAGCAACAAUGGGAGACGGCUACGUAUUUAUAAUUUGCUCUAUUUUUGAACUUUCUUAAUUGGGGAAGUUGUACUCAUGCUGUGGCAGACAUCACGGUGUGGUUUCAGGAAAAAUGGACAUUUCCCUCCCCAAAAUGAACAUUUCCCUGGCUGGUCCAGGAUUCAUAAGACCUCUGACGUGAAGGCAAAAAAACAGUCCAGUCACAUUCUGGAUUAAAAUAACUAUGAAUGUUGUUCUCUGAACUUUGUAGAUAUUAAAAUAUAAAUUAUCUUGAUUCACUUGAAUACUUUCAGCACCUUUAAAACGUAUACAUAACGUGUCUGUAUUUCAUCUCUUUGUUUGGUGGUGGGCAAAAAGCCGCCAGUGGUUCAAAUCCAGUCCUCUGGGAAUCAUAUCCGACCUGCUGAUGAAAGUUGAACUCGCCACUUUUAUAGUUUCUGUGAAAUCUUUUACAUAUCUUCAAAAAAAACAAAAACAAGGAUCAUGCAAAUAGUGGCGAAUAUGAACUUGUUACAUCUGAUACUGCCCUCAGGACCAGGAUGCUUUCAAAUUGUGGUUGCAUCAUGACAUUUGAACACUGCAUGGUACUAAAAUUAAGUCUAAAAGCAGAAGUAACAGUUUAAUAGGUGAAUUGUAACACGUCACAACUUCAGCCUGUACAGAAUCUCUCUCCAGGAACACAAAGAAGAGGUGACAGGAAUUGUAUGCAGAUUUUCUUUGGUGUGGGGGGUUCUGAAGCUAAGGCAACAAUACUUUCAGCCAACUCCAAAUGCAACACAGAACAAUACACUGCAUUUGAGUCAUUUCUAGUUAAAUGAGUAUUGAAAUAAGUUGCAAUUCUGUCCCUUCCUGUGCUAGGGUACAAUCACAUGACUGUAUAAUCCUAAACAGUGUUACGAUUCUAUUUAG